AUGGUCAGCAAAAUCAUCGAGAGAAGGAAUUGGGGGAAGGCUUCAUUCUUUCAUGACAUCUUCAUCAUCUUUAAACUGGAAUACAACCAAACAAAAAGUUGCAAAGCCGAGAUUAGGAGAACAGAAGUGAAGAAUAGAGAAAGGAAUUGCAGGAGAGAGGAAAACUCACAGUUCCUAAAAUUAUUAUCGGGGAAUUUGGGCAUGAGUGCUGGUGGUGCAUUUGGAGGAAACAGAGGGGUGAGGCCUGUACCACCAGAGAAGGGAGUCUUCCCUUUGGACCACAUGCAUUUAUGUGACCUGGAGAAGAAAGAAUACCUCAAUUGUCUUAAAUCUUCUGGUCAUAAAUCUGAAAAAUGCCGCCACCUCUCAAAGAUGUAUCUGCAAUGCCGUAUGGAAAAGAACUUGAUGGCAAAGCAAGACAUGUCAGAACUAGGAUUUGGAAGGGAAUCUGGGACAGAAGCCAUACAAGACGGAAGUGAAAAGGGUAGGUUAGAUAACUAA